UAAUGAUCAUUGUGGCCCCAGAAAAGCCACCUGUCAGUGUCCGUCAGUGCCAGCUGCCAGUGCUGAACAGUGCCAUGUGCCAGUGCCACAUCAAUGCCACAUCAAUGCCACAUAUCAGUGCAUACCAGUGCACAUCAAUGCCACAUAUCAGUGCCCAUCUGAGCUGCCUUUCAGUGUCACCCAUCAGUGCCAGUCAGUGCCACCUAACAGUGCCAGUCAGUGCCACCUAUCAGUGCCACCUAUCAGUGCCAUAUAUCAGUGCUGCCUUUCAGUGCCAAUCAGUGAUGCCUGUCGAUGCCCAUCAGUGCCACCUACCAGUGCCUCCUCAUCAGUGCCACUUAUCAGUGUCCAUCAGUGCAGCCUAUCAGUGCCCAUCACUGCAGCCUCAUUAGUGCAUCAGUGAAG